AUGAAUAGCAAGAAUAACAAGAAAUCAUCAGAACGAUCAAAUUCGCUUGAUAUUGAUGAAAAUACCUUUCGAGAUUUGAAAAUUACUGCGAAGGAAAAGCAAGAUUUAUUGGAUAAGUUGGAAAAUGAAAUGAAUGUACGUAUUCAAAAACUCAAGCAGCAAGCUGAAGAGUUUGCCAAAGAUCUUAUUGCAUGUUGUGAGCGAGAAAUCAAUAAUCUUCCCAAGGAAAUUAGACAAUUACCUUUGGAUGAAUUUAUUAAUCUUUAUCAUGCUGAUCCGGCUGAAUAUUUUGAACGGUGUAUACAAAAAUUAUGA